AUGCGUCGACCUCUCACUGCCGUCCUUCCACUCCUCGUUGCCGCUUCCAAUGUCGCUGCCCUUGGGAGUCAAUGCUCAAGUCCUCUCGGUGGAGGAAGUGCAGCUUCUUCAGAUCCGUUUUGGAUGAAGAACAUUGCACGUCAAGGAACGUCGCCCUUCAAUCCGAGUGGUCCAUCCUAUCAGGUCUAUCGUGAUGUCACGGCGGCGCCAUACUUUGCCAAAGGCAAUGGUGUUGACGAUGACACAGAUGCUAUUAAUCGGGCAAUUGCAGAUGGUGCUCGUUGUGGAGAUUUGAACUGCCAGUCGUCCACCUUGACACCGGCGCUCAUCUACUUCCCCAGCGGAAACUACUUGAUCACGAAACCCAUCGUCCAAUAUUAUUAUACUGCUCUCGUCGGCGAUGCGAAGAACAAGCCACACAUCGUUGCCCGUGGGGACUUCACCGGCAUCGCUCUCAUUGACGCAAACGUUUAUACGGGCGGUCCCAUACCAGCAGGAGGAUGGAAUUGUCCCAGUAGUGAUCCCCAAUGGUACUGUCCCGUGAACAACUUCUUCCGCUCCGUCCGAAACCUGGUCCUCGACACUCGUAAUAUACCGGCAAAUCAAUUCGGGACAGGCAUCCAUUGGCAAGUCGGUCAAGCCACUUCACUUAUUGGCAUCGAUUUCUUGUUAUCAACCGCUGCUGGGAAUUCGCACCAAGGCGUCUUCAUAGAGAACGGCUCUGGAGGCUUCAUAGCGGACCUCACAAUUAGCGGCGGUGCAUUCGGCCUUUGGGUUGGGAAUCAACAGUUCACCAUUCAGAAUGUAAAGAUUGACGGAGCCGAUAUCGCCAUCUCGCAGCAAUGGAAUUGGCAGUUCACCUACAAGAAUAUUGUCAUUACCAAUGCUCGCAUUGGCUUCUCUGUCAACACGAAUGGCCAAACGGAAGCAAAUCAGUCUACUGGUUCAAUGACUAUCCUCGACAGUUCGAUUAGUGCCAAUGUAGCAGCGAUUCAGACCAACACUGAUCAAUCUUCCAAACUUGCAGGGGCCAUCUUCCUCCAGAAUGUCAACUUGGAUGGCUCAGCGACCGGAUUUGUGGACGGUGCUGGGCAUACCUUCCUUCCUGGAGGCGGAACUGUGAACCAAUUUAUUCUCGGCAACGUAUAUUCGGCAGGGAAUUCAACCUCACAUUCGUACAACACGCAACCUGUUCCAGGCCCAACUCUCCCGGCUCAAUUGCUCGAUCCCACGAGCAGCAACAAUGGUGUCUUCUUCCGCACGCGACCCCAGUAUAACAACUACGCCGUGGACGAGUUUGCAUCGGCCAAGUCGAACGGCGUGAAAUGCGAUGGCACCACCGACGACACUGAAGCCCUUCAAUCCUUCAUUGACAAGUUUUGGGGCUGUAAAAUCCUAUAUCUUGACGCCGGGGUGUGCAAGGUAUCCAACACCAUCACUAUCCCAACUGGGUCGAUUGUAGUGGGGGAGUUUUGGACCACGAUCUUGGCAUCUGGCUCGGUUUUCAAUGACCCCAAUAGCCCGAAGGCCGUUCUUCAAGUUGGGAACCGUGGGGACAAUGGUGGCGUGGAGAUCUCAGAUAUUGUCGUCUCGACUGUUGGAGGGUCCGCCGGUGCGAUUGCUAUUGAGUGGAAUACUAAUGGCCCUACUGGACAAGUGGGGGCCUGGGAUGUCCAUGUUCGUAUUGGCGGUGCUGUCGGAACAAACAUGCAAGUCAGUCAAUGUCCGACAACAACCACAGCAACUUCUUGUAUGGGCGCCUUUUUGGGGCUGCAUAUCCGUGGUGGCGGUUAUUUCGAGAACCUGUGGGUGUGGACUGCUGACCAUGACCUGGAUGAUCCCGGUCAACGCCAAAUUAACGCAUUCAGUGCUCGCGGUGUUUUCAUCGACCAUGCUUCCGGUCCCGUUUGGCUUGCCGGCACUGCAUCAGAACAUGCGGCAAGUCUUUUUUCUGCUUUCACGCUUCCUUCUGACCUUCUGGACAAGGUUUUCUACCAAUAUAGCAUCGUUGGUUCCCAAAACGUAUAUAUGGGAAUGAUUCAGACCGAGACGCCCUACUACCAGCCAACCCCGGCGCCACCGAAUCCGUUCUCAGCGCUGGGCGAUUGGGACGAUCCUUCUUGGGGCAGUAGUGGCUCUGCCUGGGCCUUGAACAUCGCAAACUCAUCGCACGUCUACGGAUAUGGUGCCGGUCUUUACAGCUUCUUCAUCAACUACUCUCAAGACUGCAAAACGUCCGUUAACUGCCAGAAGUCUCUUGCUCUGGUGGAUACCGACAGUGUAGCGGUAUACCUUUAUGGAUUCAGCACCAUUGGAGCGACAACUAUGCUGACGGUUGGCGCCACAGAUGUUGCAAACCAUGCAGACAAUGUGAACGGGCUCCAAAGCACUCUCAGUCGCUGGUCCUCUUCCGUACAGGCUGGUGCACGGGUAGCCAGUAACGCCAAUUCUUCUAGUCCUGCUUCACGUUUGGUUGUGUAA